GAGGGCUUUCGACGGUGGCUUCGGGGCUCUGGAGCUGCUCCAGCACCGAGCAGCCUCGGUCUCUGCUGUUAUCCUUUCCUGCAGUGCGCUAAUGAGCUUAUCUGCUCCUUCUGGGAUGGAGUGUAAGCGCUGAAAUCGGCGUAGAUUUUACCUAUCCAUAACAUGGUGGCAGUGCUGGAAGUCAUCUCCAGCCUGGAGAAAUACCCCAUUACCAAAGAGGCACUUGAGGAAACGAGACUCGGGAGGCUUAUCAAUGAGGUGAGGAAGAAGACAUCCAAUGAGGAACUUGCCAAACGUGCCAAGAAAUUGUUGCGGAAUUGGCAAAAGUUGAUAGAACCCGUCACCCAGAAUGAGCCGGUGCCGAGGGGGUUGCCGAAUCCACCCGGGUCAGCAAAUGGUGGUGCUCACAACUGCAAACAAGAAACGCAACUUCCUGCUGUGGCUGGGUCAAAGCCAAUCAGCGAAUUGAAAAGCAGGAACGAUAUACAGAAACUAAAUUCUCCCAAAACCGAGAAAUUGGGAAAUAGGAAAAGGAAAGGUGAACACAGGGACGGGCAUCAGGGCCCUCCUCCCCCCAAAGUCUCCAAAGCUAGUCAUGAAGUAUUACAAAACUCUUCACCCCCUCCAACCAAUGGCAUUGGAGGUAGUCCCGAAAAUUUCCCCAGUCCUGUAGACAUAAAUCUACACGCGGGGCCCGAAAGCAGCAGGACAGAACUCAGUGAAAACGAUAAACACAAUAAGAUCCCGGUAAAUGCUGUAAAACCUCACACCAGUUCUCCAGGACUUGUAAAACCUUCAAGCACUUCCUCGUUACUAAAGACUGCAGUGCUUCAGCAGCAUGAGAAAUCGGAAGAAACCACCGGCCCGCACCAACCCAAGAGUCCUCGCUGUUCCUCUUUUAGCCCCAGAAACGUCAGGCAUGAUACUUUUGCUCGGCAGCAUACUACGUACUCACCAAAGGAUUCCAUGCCCAGUCCAUCUCAAAGGUCUCAGUUCUUAGAUUCUGCACAGGUGCCAUCGCCGCCACCAUCCUUGAUGCAACCCUCCACGCCUCCCCUGCCAGCAAAAAGACUGGAGUUCCCUCAGCAGUCGGUGGCUGAGGUGUCUCAGCACUGGCAGGAGCAGCAGGUACCUUUGGAAAGCCAGCACAGGCACCCGGCGGGGACACUUCAACAGCACACAUCUCCUCCCAGCUGCAAAACCAGCUCCCACCCCGGGGAAUCGCUCACGCCGCACGGGGGCUUUUCGCAGGACGCUUCCAAAAUGGACAGUGACGACGCUGCUUCAGGUUCUGAUAGUAAAAAGAAGAAAAGGUACCGACCCAGAGACUAUACGGUCAACCUGGAUGGGCACGUGACAGAAGGGGGGGUGAAACCUGUGAGAUUAAAAGAGAGAAAGCUCACUUUUGAUCCCAUGACAGGACAGAUAAAACCUUUAACACAGAAAGAUCCUUUGCAGGUAGAAAUCCCUGCGCUCACUGAACAGCACAGGACAGAAACGGAAAAGCAGGAGCAAAAACCCAACCUGCAAAGCCCCUUUGAACAAACGAACUGGAAAGAGUUAUCCAGAAACGAAAUCAUUCAGUCCUAUUUAAACAGACAGAGUAGCUUGCUGUCCUCGUCAGGAGUACAGACUCCGGGAGCUCACUACUUCAUGUCUGAAUAUUUAAAGCAGGAGGAAAGCACUAGAAAAGAGGCUAGAAAGACUCACGUUCUAGCUCCUAACAGCAAACCUACAGACUUGCCUGGGGUCACGAGGGAGGUGACGGGCGAUGACCUGGACAGAAUACGCCAACAUAACUGGCCGGGCGUGAACGGUUGUUACGACACACAGGGUAACUGGUAUGAUUGGACACAGUGCAUAUCCUUAGAUCCGCACGGGGAUGACGGUAGAUUGAACAUCCUGCCUUACGUCUGCCUAGACUGAGUCCCAGUUUGCUAAAAAAAAAUAAAUGCUUUUACACCCGGCAGUUAGCAAACGCAGGCAGACACGAUGCCACUUAACGAUGGAGAAAAAAAAAAAAGCCUCCUGUCCUGGACAAACAGGCCCAACGAGCAGAGGGUUGGGAGGGAGUUGGUUCCUUCCAGCUCUUUCCUUUAAUAAAUUCUCCUUUUGUGAAAUGCUGCUACCAGUUUACUAACAAUUUGCAAAGGAAGGCAUACGAAGGUUGAUAAAUUGAGUUCAAAACUCUCUAGCGAGCCAGCUAUUAAAAAAAAAAAAAGAGAAAACAAAAAAAAAGUGUUAGUCCCCAAGAAGUGAAGAGGAUUUCCAGCACUUUCUGAAUGCCGGAAUCUUAUUACAGGCAGGUACAGAGAAAAAUUGUGGAAGUUACCUUAACAAAAUAUGCAUCUAUUUAUUUGACUUGAUUUGGGUUUUUAUUUGGCAGUGAGAUAUUGGAGAGACAAUGUGCAAAAACUGUAGUUUUUAUUUGUAUCACAUCUCUGAAAACAUGAUUGCGUUGGUUUUUUGGUUGUUUUUUUUUGUUUGUUUUUGUUUUGUUUUGGUUUUUUUCCAAGUCAUGUGGUACGGAGAUUGGGUUUGAACCGGCAGGUGUUGCACUGCAGGCUGGGAGACCAGCUUCAGCUCAACAUUCCAUAGGCAUCCACAUAUUUUAGUCUGGUUUCAGUUUAAAUCCAGUCUCUGAGAAAUGCUGCAAAAACUAGAUGUUUAACGAUAUUUUUUGAUCCCACCACCACCAGCCAAAUAUUUUUUCCUCCUUUUCCCUUCCUGCAAACUUCUAGGAAAAAAAGAGAAAAAAAAAAAAAAGAAAAAAAAAAUAAAGAAAAAAAGAGAAAAAUCACCUUUUCUAGAAUCUAAAUGUAAUGAGGGUGCUACAAGUUUGUAACUGUACUGUGAGAGGGAAAAAGGAAGCCUGUUUGUAUGCUGGAAAUAUACUUGUUACCAUUCCUUUAGAUAUUGUUUGCCUUAUGGAUAUCCAUCAUAAACGCAAUUUGCAAAAACAAAGAGCCUUAGUGAAUGUACAGUAACUAGACUUCUGUGUUCUCGGGAUGCAGAAGGGAGCAACUUUGCUAUUUGGUCCUUUAAGUGGACACAUUGUGAUAUAAAUGUGGAAAUAAAAAAAAAUUUGCACAAACCAGUUUGUGAAUUGUUUCUACUGAACUCAUUUGGUUUUUUAAUCGAGUUGUGCUCGGUUCUGACCAGCUCUCGGUGAUCGUCGCCGCCGGGAUCCCGUCGGAGCAGGAGCUGGAUCCCGAUGGACGCUGUGGGAAGCUGCUGGUAGGGAUGUAGGAGAUGUCUUCCAAGCCCCUUGGGGGGGAUUCAGCCACACAGGUUGGAUUUCUUCUGUAACCCUGGUUGCAUCCAGGGCCCGGAGACUGAUAACCCAAUCGCUGUUGAUGUACCUCAAAGUCUAUAAAGGUCAUAGCUCAUCUUUUUUUUCCUCAGUACCUUUGUAAUAUACAAUUUCUCGUUGUUCAAGUGCUUUUUAAGCAGCCUGGUUUGGUGCAGAAAGUGAAGAAUUUCUAUUAACUGUAAUUGCUUUAACAUUUUGGGACUGGUUGUUUUCUGCAGUCCCCGGUGCUGGGCUUCUGGCCAGGGGAGAAGAGGAGGGGACACGAUACCAAAAAGUAUUUCUAGUUUUUAGUGACAUUAACUCUGUUACCCCAUUUGUGCUGGAUCUCACUUCUGUGAAGAGUUCUCCUGCCUGGGAGAGCAGAGUCAAGCUCUCCUGAUUUUAAAAGGGUGUUCCUCGCCGGGCACACAUUAAGUUGGUUCAUUCCGUGGAAUACAACUGAUAAGGUUUGGUUUAUUUUUAAAUCCUUCAUGUUUAAUCCCUACUGCUUUUGUGAUCUGACCAGUAUUGCAAUGUGUGGGUGUCUCGGAAAUUUUCACUGAUGUCUGUUUGCUUCCAUUUCUGAAAGCUGAGAGUGAAAGCGGAGAAAGUGCUUACCAAAAAAAAAAAAAAAAAAGGUUUCCAAGUAUAUUUUGAGUUCAGUUCCACGUUGUCCUGCUGCGGUGGAGGAGGUGGAGUGCUGUGCUUUAGCCUUGGGGAAAGCUGUCACUUUGCAAUUCAGAAAGGUGGAUUUGAUGGUAAAGGCCUCAAAAGCUGGUCAUUUGGGAAAAUUGCCUGGGUUUUGCUUAUGUAAAAAAUAUUGUGCGUCUCCACUCCCCCCACCCCCUCUCCCUUUCCCCGAAUGGUCUGAUUUAGGAACAGGGUCUGUGCUCUUUGGAGCCCUUGGAAUAUAGGGUGAAUUUCAGGAAAUGACAAAAGUAUUAACGUUACACUUUUUAUAAACCCCAUCUUUUCCUCCACCCGCUUCCAUUUCUGGUGCAAUCGAUGGCCUUUGAGGGAGGACCACGCUGGGUGAGGUGAUGCCCAAAGCUCCUCAGCGCUGCUGUCAGAUUCCAUCCAGCUCUGGGGAACGAGCCGAGCGUGCCGACGCUCCAGGGAGCCUCAGGUACCGGAGCCCUUUCCCUGGAGGCACAAAAUGGCUGGAGAAAUUCGAGAAAUUCCCUCCCAAACGCCAGCGUUAACUCUCCUUCCGCACCGAGGUCGGUCGUUCCUGCUGUUAAGGGUCAACUCCCCUGGAUGCCCCCAGGGUGAGCCCAGGCUUGACAAUCUUUAUUUCAGCAUGCCAGUAUAACCAGUUCUGUGAGCUCCAACAAAUGUGAAUAAGUUUACAAGGUGAUGAUAUUAUUAUUUUUUUUUGUCAAUUUUGUAAACGAGUUCAAAUGAAGUUUGCCAUGUGCGU